GCUGCACACAUGCAUAGAUGCACAGAGCUUUAAAUACAAAAAGAAAAUUUCCUGAUUUUUGUGUGUGUGUGUACGUCCUAGAAAUUUAUUUGGUAGUUUCACAUUUAAAUUCUGAUUUCUGUGACUGUGCUUGUUCCAGUAACAUUUCAUAUCAUGGUUUAGUACAAUACUGAGUCUAAGCAAAGAUAACUUCCUUUUUUUAAGAAGUAAAACUAAUUUUGGAGGUGUCUAAUGAGCUGGAGCAGCUUUGCAGGCACUGAGGUUGAUCAGGGUUGGAGAGAGAUACAUCUUUUGUGUUGGUUUAUGCACAUUUGGUGUAAGGCUUCUCUUCCUUUCUUCCCUUUUUUCUGUCUCUGACAUUUUCCUCUGGCUCGGUUUGGGUUGAAACCAAGCGCUAACUAGAGCACACGACCAUUUUGCCUUUUCGCCUUCUCCCACACACACGUAUCCUUUCCCUGGUGUGUGGGUCUCCAGCGUUGUCAUCCAUUAAAACCCAAGUAAACCCAGCUCUGCAGACAAUCCCUGUUUUUUUGGGUUUGCAUUGAAAAAACAGGGACAACUGAUGUUUGGAAACUUGAUGACAAAACCUUUUCUAUUAGCCAAGGACUUUAUGAUUUCUCUGAUCUCUUCUGUUGUGUAUCCCUUUUUGCUUUCCCAUUUUAAGAACCAAAGGUGCAGAGCAAGAUUGUAGAUUGAAUAUCAUCAUUUCGCUUUUUAACUCAAUAUUUUUUUAUUAUUUUAACUUUUUCAUACUGAAGAGAAUGUGGGGUCAAAAUAAUAAUAAUUAAUAAUAAUAAUGAAUAGUGGGGAGUAAUCACUGCCAUUUCUACUUGGUCUACUUUUUUAAAAUACCACUUCUUAUACAUUGGGACAUGGAACCACACUUUAGGGAAGAUUCCUGUAACAUAUAGAGAUGGGGCAUAGGAUUUUGUAAUAAUAAUAAUAAUAAUAAUGAUAAUAAUAAUAAUAAUAAUAAUAAUGCCUAUGGAGUGUGGCUAGGGAAGGAUGUUGUGUAUAUAGUUGUAAAAUAUUGUUCUAAAUUAUUUAGACCUAUUGUCACCAUUCUUGAAGUCCUCAGUUGUGUUGCUGGGUCUUUUAUAUGCACACAGUGUAAUUUAUUUAACGGAACAUACACUUUUCCAGGUGGUAGCUCAGCUGUGGACUUGUGACCUGUGUAUAUGUUUUAAGAUUUUGGGAGUUGGGUUUUUUGGUUUUUGUUUUGUUUUGUUUGUUUUUUAAAUGACAUUUUAGAAUUUGAAUUGGCUAAUAUCCUGCUGUUGCUACGGGACCUAAACGUUACUGUCAGUCUGCUGUAAAGCACAGAUCGCUCUAUUUAUUGUAGAAAGUGAGUUUAUUUGCUUUCUAGAAUUGUUUAUAUCAGAUGGUAUAAGAGAGGUAAUAAGAAAAUCUAUGCUUGUAAAGAAAAAAAAUGCUAAUUUUACCUACUAUAAUCUGACUGUCUGAGACUAUAUUUUCUCUCUGAGAAAUAAAUGUUCUAAUGUAUAAAAAAAAAAAGAAAAAGAGUCCUUCCUUGCUAGUGUUGUCCUGAGGUCCAGGACAUCACUUACCGUGAUGGUGUUUAUUCGUCCCGGUUGUCCUAAAUGUGGGCGUAAAGCAGUUGCAAAGAGCAGCGAUAGGGAAGGGACACACGGAGGGAUGUUUCUGCCUCGAACGAGGUGAGUUUGUUCCCUGGGCAAUGGGUAACAGGGUUGGGUGCUGCAGGAUGGCAUCCCGCCGGGGGGUGGCCGAGAGCCCCGAAGGGAUGGGAAUUGGGAAAUGGGGGCUUGAAUCCCAUCUGCUGGUGAUGUCCAUGGCCCUUGGUGGGCCUGAGGGCUCCUGCGAUGCCAGGCCACGGGCAGUGAGAUGUGCCAGCAGACGGAGACAGGAGCCAAGCGAUGCGGCGAUGGCAGGGCCGGACUCUGCAGCCGGGCUGGUCCCUGGCUCCUGGCUGGGGAGGGUUUCUCAGCUUAGCAGGGCUCUUGUAUUGUCUCUCUUCCCUAAGAUGCGUUUUCCCUCCCUGCACAGGUUUGUGUUGCCGCAGGUGGUGGUGCACCGUCAGGACUCCUUUGCUGCUCGGCCCCUCUGUGCAGACCCCGGGUUUCGCUGGAAGCUGCUGCUCUCCAAGGAUGCAGGGCACGUGCUGCUUCCACACCGACAGAGGAUGAGUUUUUCAAGUACUGACUACACACCCACAGCCAUAGGUACAUCCAAGGGACAGCUCUCCUUGCGUGCUCAUUAUAAUUGUCGUAGCAGAUGUGGGCAGCCCGCGUCCUCGGGGCAAGCCAGGGCCCCUUUGCAGCUCAGGAGGGGAGGGGAGUCCGACCCUGGGAAGGAUGGAGAUGGGGAAGAAAGGCAGCAUGGAUGGACAGGACGGGCAGAUAAAGACGUUUUGCAGCAUUUGCAGAUCAGGAGCACUUCAGUGCGUGCCAAGCAGGAGGUGAAGCUGAUGGCAAACGGAGCUUGGGCCUCGCUCCCUGCUGAGGGAAAUACAAAAGGAGUGUGUGGCCAGGCUGGGGAAGGGUUUUGUGAAAAAUCUCCACAACCAGCAGGUGUUUUCCUUAAAGAAAAGCCCAGCUUUUGCUCUGAUCAGAGCCCUUUUGAUAAUGGAAAUAACUAUAUUUUGUUUGCCACUCUUGGUGUGAGCCGGGUGGGCUGGGACAGUGCUGGGGAGAUGCCGGGGUGAAUCUGCUGGGAUUCAGCUGUAUCUCAGUUCUGUUCCUGGCAGGAAACCUCCCCUCGUGCACGGUCCUGACCCAGCAAGGAGAAGCUGAGGCUGUAAAAUGUGUAUUGGAAUUCGGUGAGGUUUUCAGCGACACACCAGAGUUACAGGGGUAACCAAAAUGGGGGGAUGGACAGACAGACAGACGGAGAAAGGAUGGACGGGCAGUGCUAGAAACUGAUGGCUCUCGCAGUGCUCACAUGGAUGGGGAAACUGGAUUUUCUCUCCAGUUUAUUGACUUCAUUCUUGGCACUGUCCUGAUCAACUCCUCUCUUCCCACCCGUAGGUAUUUUCUUAAAAGAAUUCCUCCAGUAAAAAAAAUACAGAACACAAAAAAACCCACCUGGCUCAUUCUAAAAAGCACAAUAUUGAAUUUUAUAUCCUAAUUUUCUGGCUAAUCAGAUCCCCUGCUGGCUGGAGCAAACAACCGGCCCCUUGUACAAGACAACGAAAAGCAGCACUUUAAUAACAGAGCAGUGAGCAGCUGCCAUUCUCCCCCGCCGCCAUCCAUCAGAGAGUGUUUGAUGGAAAAGAAAUAAAGGAACCAGUAAGACAUUUUCAAUGGAUGGAAAUAAAUGUUAGAGCUUUACCUGGGGAUUUAUGUAGACUGUUGGCCAGAGACAUGAUCCGACUUUGCUGGGACAGGCAGCGACGCAUCCUGAGACCAGUGCAUGGCAAUCUUUUGCCCUGGUUCUUAUUUUGGCUGUGUCAGAUUUCCUGCCCAUCAGCCAUGUUUGAUCAACGCUCAUUAGAGCAAAAUUAAUAUGCCCUGCACACGGUACGGGUUGCUUGGAGUCCAACUCCACUUUGCAAGGCGAUGGAGCUGUGCAGCCCCACGAGCUGCAGCGCCGUGACCCCGGUGCGAAGCCGUGGAGCCCUGUGAGCCGGGGAACCUCUGCAGCUACAGCACACGCUGGGCAUUUCCACGGGCAUGGAGAGCUCCUGCCGUCGGAGAAAAGCCAGGAGGGCUGCCAGCACCACUGAGCUGUCGUGGGAACUUGCAUGGGGAUGCUGGUGAAGAAGUUGCAUCAUAGCUCAUGUGUUUUAACCCCCUUUUUACUUCAACACUGAUCAGAAAGGAAAUGAAAGUGUCAUGCUAAUGUAUUUUAAUUAGUCCAUUAGCAUUGCUAAAUAAAAUAAAUUUUGCAGGCAGACGCGCUUGCUGAAGCGUGAACUUUCAUUUCUCAUUCUUGGUUGGGGCUGUGCAAAAUUAUUUCUUCUACCUUCCGAGGAAAUUUUAAGCUGCUUCUUGUUGCCCAGCCCUGGCUCCUUCUGAAGGACCCGCUCCCCCCACCGCAGGGGUCCUGGGGGGCCGCACAUGGGCUGGGGAUGUGGCACGGAGCGAGGGCGAAGGUUUGGGAAAAGGCUCUUUGGAGCUUUUAGCUUUUUGGUUAGGGGAGCUGGCAGGUACUUAAUUGAGUGGGGUGCUGGGUGGUGGGAAAAGGAUAUUUGGACUUCGGUGGGGAUGAGAUGAUUUAAAAGAAACCCUUGUCUCUAUCUCCAGGUGAAUUUAAAUUAAAGGGAAUGGUGUGAGGAGCUGGAAUGUGAUACCCAGGGCAGGUGAAUCUGGGCAGACCUGUAAGUCUGAUCGCAGCCAUUAGCUGUGGCCGAGGUUCCAGGGAGCCGGCGGAGCUGCAGGAGCAGCGGCACAGCCGGGGAGGAGGCAAGGGAGCAUCACCCUGAUCCUAAGGGUGCCAAAAGCACAGGUCCGUCCUGCAUGUGACUGCUCUGGGAAGCCAUCCCGCUGCUCCUCCGGUGCUGCCCAGCUCUGGGCAUCACCCUGGAAUGCUCCAGCCAUCCCCUCGCUGCCUUCCUGGCCAUCUUGCUGGAGCUGUUGCACUGCAACUUUAAUGCCUUAGUGUUUUAAAGCAAGAAUAAGCUCCCUAUCACCAUUCCUAGUCUUUACCCAAGGGCAGCUGGUUUGAUGGACCAAAAAAAAAAAAAAAAAAAAAACCUGAUUUCCCAAGACCCUGCACCCUUGGCUGUCAUGCGCUGUAGCAUCCCCAGGGACUUGGGUGCUUCCUCCUGCUGCUGCAAUCCGCCCUGACCCUCCGCUGUACAGUGCCUUGUGCUGUAAUUUUGUGGGUUAUUUGGGGGACUGAAAAAAAAGGAAAAAAAUUUGCUAAGUCUUACUGUCAGUAUUUCAAGCCUUUAUACCUUAAUUUGGAGUCCUAUAACUAGGAAGAUUUUAUGAUGUGCAGUGUUCCCUGGCUCAGGGAGUGCUGCAGAUGUCGGUGAAGGUAUUAAAAGGGGAGUUCUUUACUUCUUUUUCACGAUUUCCACCUGUUGCAAGAAACGGGAGAGAAAGAUUUAGCAACAAGAGGGAUGUUGGGAAGCUGCUUUUGUGGAGGAAAGCACCAAAAAACAGCAGCUGCAGACCCACCUCAGCCCAGCCACUGCCUAUUAACU